AUGGGAGGCGUGGGGAAGACAACUGUUGCAAGAAAAAUAUUUGACAGGAUUUCUCAUCAAUUUCAAAGGUCUUGUUUUCUUGAAAAAGUUAGAGACGAGUCAAAGAUGCGCGGGCUGAAGCACUUGCAGAAAGUGCUCCUUUCAAGAAUCUUAAAUGAAAAAUCUAUUGAAAUAACAUGUGUUUGUGAAGGAGCGAGCUUGAUAAAAAAGAAACUUUGUCUCAGGAAAGUUCUGAUUGUUUUUGAUGAUGAGAACCAAUUGGAGAAUUUAAUUGGAAUGCCUGACUUGUUUGGUGAUGGCAGUAGAAUCAUUUUAACAACUAGAGACAGUGAUUUAUUUCGUAAGCACAACCAAUUAUAUCCUGUCCCUGAAUUGCCUAAGCGUGAGGCUCUUGAACUUUUUAGUUUGCAUGCCUUUCAGAAGCCGAUUCUGGAUAAAGAGUUUCUCAAACUCUCCAAGUGUGUGGUAGAUUAUGCUAAAGGUUUACUCUUAGCUCUUAAGGUCUUGGGAUCUUUUCUCUACAAACGAAGCAUAAAUGAGUGGAGAAGUACAUUCGUUAGACUCAAAAGUACUGGAAAAAAAGAUGUUGUGGAGCAGCUCAGCUUGAAUCUAGAUGGAUUAACCCUUGAAGACAAGAAUAUAUUUCUUGAUAUUGCAUGCUUCUUUAGAGGAAAAGGGGAAGAUUAUGUGAAAGAUAUCUUAAAAAGUUUUGGUAUGAAUACAAAAAUAGGAAUAGAUAUCCUUUCCAAAAGAUCACUUUUAUAUAUUUCAGAAGGAAUGGUGGAGAUGCAUGAUUUGAUAGAACAAAUGGGUCAACAAGUGGCACGUGAUGGUGAGCGGGACAAGCCUUGGAAUCACACUAGACUAUGGCUUGAAAAAGAUAUAAAAACUAUUUUUUCUGCAAAUCAGUACACUUAUGGCAGCAUGUAUGUUUCGUAUAGUCAUCAAGGCAAACAAGUUAAUCACAUACUCAGUUUUCAUAGAUUACCAGGGGGCUUUAGGAAAUAUUUAUGGGAAUAG